UUUUUGAGGUUUUAUUUCAGGACCAUUAUCUUGCAACUGGUUCUAAACAGGCAAACCUUCCUGGCAAAGCCUUACUUGAAGCUGGUCUGUUGACCCACAUCCAGCUGGUGCUUAGGUCAGGUGGGAAAGAAGAUUGCCCUGGCAGUUUAGAAAACAUGCAAAGCUUGCUUAAAUUUGAAUGAGUUUGUGCUCUUGUAGUAUUGAUUGAUUCUUCUUCUCCAUUAAUUUAGGCUACUGUUAUGUUAAAGAAGUCUGUGACAAUAUAUAAUUAAAGAAUUUAUCAGAAUAAGUUUGAGGAUUGUAGCAUUACCCAGAAAAGCUAAAUUGUUUCAAAUGAGCUAGUUCUGAAAUGGUUAAAACAUUUUUCUAUGUCAAGAUGCAGCCUGUAGGUAGACUGACACAUUAGGGAACACUUUCAAAGUUUGAUUUUCUGUUUAUCAAUUUGACAUAUGUAAUCUAUAAUUAAUUAUUUUAGCUCUAAUCAGUCCGUAACAUGAAGGUCCAUUUAUGUAAGUUCUGGUAUUAGGCUCAAGAGCUACCCUAUGAUGCUCAUGAUAGUGCUACAAAUGUCAUAAAAUAUUAGACUUUGAACAAGUUAUUCAGACAGAUUGAGUCACUUCGCUUGAACUUGAGAAAAUCAAAUUUGGGUUGGGAGGAAGAAAAAUAAAAGUUGUCUAAAAACAGAAAAAAGGUGGGAGGGAAGGCUGUUGUAGAGAAGGUUAAUGACAUUUGGAUUAUGGUGAAGGUUUGUUUAAGUACCAUCAAAAAGAACCUUGAAUGCCGUGUUGUGUUGAGAUGUAUAGAAAUUGUUUCCGAGUGUAAAGACUUUUCUAGGAAGUAGUGCUACAAGUUUAAGAAAUAAAGUGAAGCUUUAGUGCUGCUACUUAUAAAAAAAUCUAUGCCAUGCUAGCUUUUUGCUUGUAACUGACAUCAAGGCAGAACAGUUGAUUGUAUUUUUUAAAUAUCAAGGUGACCAUGCUCUUCUGUGUGUCAGAAUCAAGAACAUAGCAGUAGCUGUGACAAAAGCAGCUAGACUUCACCUGUUUCAAGCACAGGAAUGGCAGAAGCUGCAGAAUGGUAUCCAAGAUCACAGCUGUACAGAGAUGUUCUCUAAAGCUCAGCUGACAAUGACUGUGAACCUCACAGAGCAAAAUCUGACAGUGUCCCAGAUUCCUUAUCCAGAAACAUGGUAUGUGUUUUAUGUAGACAAGUUUACCUGCGAGGAGAAUUAUUCUGAAUCCGAGGAUAUUCAGUUUGAAAUGGUCUUACUAAACCCAGAUGCAGAAGGGAAUCCGUUAGAUCACUUUAGCGCAGGGGAAUCUGGAUUACAUGAAUUCUUUUUCCUGCUUGUCCUAGCAUACUUUGUAACUGCUUGCAUCUAUGCACAGUCGCUAUGGCAAACAAUUAAGAAGAGUGGACCUAUGCAUACUGUAUUAAAGGUGUUGACAAUUGCAUUACUGUUGCAGGCUGGUUCAGCUUUUGCCAACUACCUGCAUUUCUCGAGUUAUUCUAAAGAUGGAAUAGGAGCACCUUUUAUGGGAAGUCUGGCAGAAUUGUGUGACAUAGUCUCACAGAUACAAAUGCUAUAUUUAUUGUUAAGCCUGUGUAUGGGUUGGACAAUAGGCAGAAUGAAGAAAUCUCAUGGUAGACCUCUUCAGUGGGAUUCCACUCCAACAUCUACUGGCAUUGCUGUAGUAGUUGUUGUUACACAGAGCUUUUUAUUAAUUUGGGAGCAGUUUGAAGAUACGAAUCACCACAGCUACCAUUCACACCAUGGCUUAGCAAGUGGACUGCUUAUUGGCCUCAGAGUUUGCCUAGCUCUGUCACUGGCUGCUGGUCUUUACCAGAUCAUCACAGUGGAGAGAAGCACGCUCAAAAGGGAAUUCUAUAUCACCUUUGCCAAAGCCUGCAUUCUCUGGUUUUUGUGCCACCCAUGUCUUGCAACCAUUGCUGUAAUAUUCAGAGAAUAUCAAAGAGAAAAGAGCCGUUUUGGUUCUUGAAAGCUUCUCCACACACAUGUGUGAAGCUGUCCCUUCAGUGCAAAGUGCCAUGAUCUGUGUCAGCUCCUCCAGCACAAAGCCAGCUUGCGUCAUGGUGAAUUCAAUCAAGACAACAGCAACUUCAAAUGACAGAAACCUUGCUUAGUGCCACCCCUGCUCUGGAAAACUGUAGCUCUUCCAGUUGGUUUUAGUGGGGAUUAAAAUUCUCCGAAUGUUAAUCUUGGUGUAGUUACAGUGGUGCAGACCCAAAGUCAUGACGCACGAAGAGCAGAAUGUGACAGGGAGUUGUUAGAAAUUAAUAAAUACCUUUUGAAACAGUGGCAGGGAAUGGGGGUGACGGAUUACAGGAUUUCACUUGACUAUCGAUCCUGUGAAGCUUCAGCAAACUGGCCCUGUCUGAAGAGGGGACACUGCAUAAAUGUCCCUCACACAAUGCUUGUUGUGGAGGGUCAACCGUUCUGCCAUCACUGUGGGGAGACCCUGCUUCUAUCCCACUGUUUUAAGAGUUAACAUGGCACAUGAGACUUGUUUGCCCUCUGUAUGUCUUGGUUUCAUCCUACUGCCUCUUACAAGUAGCAGGUUUUGGCUACUACAUACCUGAUGGUCGGCAGACCUACUCCUGAGAAGUCUGUGAGAUGAACCUUUGCUGUUCAAAAUAAAGCUCUUCUCAAGACCGUUUUAAUUUCCCUCCUGUCUUCACUUUUCUCCUGUUUAAAUACCAAGUGAUGGCUUUCAGGAAUGUCCACUGCCAUGCCAUUGUCACUGGUGUCAUCGGCACAUGAUCGUUGCCGCUUCUCAUCAGGAACUGAAAACGUUUGAUUUUUCCUUCCUUUCUACCUUUGUGGGGACAAAGGAAAAGCUCAGACCCUACUCUCUAUGCCUCCAAUGCAGCAACCUCUGCUGGCACUCUGUCUAUGGCCUGACUCACUCUGGGGCUGACAGAUGGGCAAAGCACCAAACCUUUAUCCCACGACAAGAGAGGAGCUGACAGCUGUCAUCAGCCCGAUAUAUUUCUGCAAGGGGGAACUGCCGUGCACUUACCAGAAGAGAAAAAAAAAAAAAAAAAAAAAAAAAAAAAAAAAAAGCGUUUUCUAACCACUGAGUUUGUGACUGUGAGUUUCAAUUUCUUAUCUCUGAGGUCUGUUACCAGAGACCAAAACGUGCAGCGGUGUGUAUAUGCGGAUGGCACCGAUGCAAGUGACUCUGUCGUCAUGCGACAACAUGUUUCUUUGUUGGAAGAAGCAGCAAAUCUGGGGCUUCUGUUCUGAAGAUGAAAAUAGGAUGAUAGGACCGGGGUGAGGGGAAAUCACUUGCCGGGCACC